CAGUAUUUCAAAAGAUUAGAAGUCCUAUAUAUCGUAGUCAUAUCUAUUUCAUUGUUGGUCAAUGAUUAAAGUAAAUGUGUAGCUGUAUAUAAAAUAUUUAUAUGAAUUAGAAUUAUUUAAUUAUAACUAUAUUUAUUUCUAUUAGUAAAAUAAAAAUUUAUUAGAAUUGACUUCGUCAACGUCAAAAAAAUAUUAAUAAAACGCUAUAGUUAAAAUUUGGUUAAUCUUCAAACACUUUGAGAAAUCAUGGCGCCGAAUCAACGUCAACGUCAACUUUUUAUUUCCAAGAAAGAACUGAAAAAGUUGAAUGGCAGAAGAUUUUCAAAACCAGAAGAGACGUCUGAUACUGGUCUUAUUUAUCCCAGUCUGGAUACAGCAUUUAAGCUACUUUUGUCAGCUAGAUUUUGUUCUGCUAUUUGGAGUCAUAUAACAGAUUGUGAUGAAACUUAUAACUAUUGGGAACCAAGUCACUAUCUGCUUUAUGGUAAUGGUCAACAAACAUGGGAAUAUAGUCCACAAUAUGCAUUAAGAUCAUAUAUGUAUUUGUUGAUUCAUAUGGUACCAGCAAAACUUUAUCAUUAUCUACUAGAACCAAAUCCUGUUCUAGUUUUUUAUUUUGUAAGAUGUUUAUUAUCCGUGAGUUGUGCUUUAUCUGAAGUAUAUUUCUAUAAAAAUGUAUGCAGGGAAUUUGGCAUCCAUAUAGGAAGAUUAACAUUAGUAUUUCUAAUUCUCAGUUCUGGCAUGUAUAUUGCUAGUGCUGCAUUUUUACCAUCUUCCUUUUCGAUGUAUUUGAAUACUGUUGCAAUGGCAGCUUGGUAUGGUCGUCAAUAUGAACUAGCAAUUUUUGCUACAGCUAUAUCUGUUUUAUUAGGAUGGCCAUUUGCUGUUUUACUUGGAUUACCAAUUGCAAUGGAAAUGUUAAUACACAAAAAAAAAUGGAGUAAAUUUAUGAAAUGGAUAAUAAUAUCUGGUACUGUUAUUUUAGUACCAAUGAUAUGGGUAGAUUCAAUGUAUUAUGGCAAAUUGGUAAUAGCACCAUUAAACAUUAUAAUAUACAAUGUUUUUACUAAUCAUGGACCAAAUAUUUAUGGAAUAGAACCUUUCAGUUAUUAUAUUUAUAAUGGAUUUUUAAACUUCAAUUUCGUUUUUAUUGGCGCACUUUGGGCUCCAUUUGGAUUGUUUUUAGUGUGGCUAAUUGUACCAGCUAGACCAAGAAAUCGUUUAUGUUUAUCUUAUUGGUAUUCAUUGGCUCCAUUAUAUCUCUGGUUUUUAGUGUUUUUUUUACAACCUCAUAAGGAAGAACGAUUUUUGUUUCCUGUAUAUCCAAUGAUUUGUUUGGCUGGAAGUAUAGCUAUAGAUACUAUUCAAAAGUUGUAUUUUUUUAUUCGAACAAAGCUUAGUUCUUUACAUAUUGCUUAUCAUUAUUUACAAUACACUGUACAUAUAACAUUUUUUGCUAUUUUAAUAUGUGGUUUUCUUGGAAUAUCAAGAUCACUGGCAAUAUAUAAAGGUUAUUAUGCACCAAUGGAAAUAAUGAUUGAUACUAAUAAACUUGGUUUACAGAGAGAAAUAUCUAAGGAUAUUAAUAUUAAUUUUUGCAUUGGUAAAGAAUGGCACAGAUUUCCAAGUAGCUUUUUCUUUCCAUCAAAUAAUUGGAAACUUCAAUACCUAAGAUCAGAGUUUAAGGGUCAAUUACCUCAACCUUUUUUAGUUCAUGAAAAUGCAACUAGUAUUAUACAACCUUAUUUUAAUGAUAUGAAUAGAGAAGAACCUACACGUUAUUUUAGCUUAGACAAAUGUCAUUUUAUAUUAGAUCUGGAUAUUGAUAUUGAAACGAUCUUAGAACCAAAUUAUUCUCGAUUAAAUGAUAAUUUCAGGAUAAUCAGAUCGUCUAAAUUUUUAAAUUCUGCAAGAUCACAUCGAUUUUUCCGAGCAUUUUACAUUCCUUUUGUGUCACAUAAAUUUUGUAUAUAUGGUUCAUAUAAUUUAUUACAAAAUAUUAAAUUUAAAUCGAUUCCUCUUUUAUUAAAAGAAAAAAAUACAAAAUCUUCCUGAAUAAAAAUUUUAAAACGUGUAUGAUUUUUAUAAACAGGGUCUGUGUCAGAGAAAUGACAUCUGAUAUUGUAUUUCAAAUGGAUUUUAUACUUUAUAAUAAAGAGUAAUUAAUAAAUAGUUAUUAAUAUAUAGAGCAAUAUAUACGCUCAUAUUUAAUAUAUAAACAAUGUAUUUAAAAAAGUAUGUAAAUGACAACGCAAUUAAUAUAGUUUAAUUUAUUGGACAAUAUAAAAAUUUUAACAUAACUUAUAUACGAAUAUGUAACAUUGUGUAACAAAUUUUUGAAGAUGUAUUAUACUAAAAAAUUUAAUUCAUAAUGACUACUCGUGUACAAAAUGCUAAAUUAUAUUAGUUGAAUUAUUGAAUUUCUAGCAUAGUAUUUACACAAUUUCCAACAUUCAUUAAGCAUAUUUGUUGUUAGUUUACAUAUAUAUAAUAAACUUAAAAGUAGAAAUAAUAUUGCUUUUUUUAAAUAAAUAGUAUUUGAUAAUAAUAUUUACAUACGAUUAGGUCAUAUUUA